AUGUUCUACCUGAUCCAGUGGAGAUUUAUUCUUCAAAAAUGUACGCUGAGACCAAUAAGCAAGAUUAGUAUCAAAGAGCAGUAUGAUUUGAUUGUAAACCUAAAAGUGCAUUACAAAUGGUUCUACAAAUUCGCAGUAAGAAAAAUGGAGCUUAUAACCAAUAUAAAUUGCCACAAGAUAAAAGAAGUGCUGCUUAGGAUAAACAAGGAACUGACAUCUCUCUGUGCUACAAAAGUGGGCAAGUCAUACAGAAAGCAUAGUAACGUUCCCCCACCAUUAGUUAAUAAACAUCAACUUGACGUUAUCACGAAGUACAACAGAAUAAGUCGCAGGUACGACGUUUGA